CCUGGAAACCUGCCCUCCUUCAAUUUCAAACACGCACGAAAAACCAACAAAAGCACGGCGGCGCUGGUCCAUCUAUUUUAUUAGCCGUUGCACCCAGCUUGUAGUCCUGGCGCUCUGUUCUCACCAUGGCGAGCUUGCCCGGCUUCACCACCAAUUUUCCUGCGGGGUAUCCCACAUUUCCAUCAAGAGGAGGCACAUUUACAGGCGGCGCAAGCACAUCGUCAGGAUCACCACCAGCUAUCCAAAACGCUUCAACGCCAGCCUUCGACAUCUUCGAAUGGCACCCGGCCUACCAGAGUUGUCAACGCUUCUUCCUCGACCAUGCCCAACAUGACAACGGUGUGCAGGCGGUCUGUGCUCUUAUCAACAUCAGCCUGCCUUUCCAAUGGUCGCACAACCCUCUCAUGAGCUCGUCAGGUCCCCUCCCACAUUCAUCCGGUCCUGCUGCCUACAACAUGCCCUGGCCACGACAAGGACCUGUUACCAAUUCACGGGGUCAGCCUGCACCCGCCUGGGUGUCGCUAAUACCGUACAUUCGCCGCUUAGUCGUCACGGGAAUGGACAGCUCGGGCAUCAUGCAUGGCUUCUUCGGAGAGGACUGGAGCAAGGGCGUGGGCCCAAUGCACGAAUGCGAGCGGCGCAACUACCUCUUCUCGGCCAAGAGCGGUGGGUGGGGAAAGGUCAAGUGCCAGUACGACAUGUCCCCCCACGAGACAGUCCCCUUCCUGAAGCCGCUGCAAGAAGUACAGCUUGCUGAAAUCGAGGGCGCCGAGAAGACUUGGAGUCAGUGGCUGGCUAUGGAGGAUUGGAUGGUGGGUCCUCGGGCGCCAGACGUCGAAGAUCGGAUACUUGACCCCCGUCGGUCUGGGUCUUGAGGUUGGGAUUCGAUCGAGUAUGGCGUUCUAUAUCGCUCAUGUGAUCCUAAGCGCUCCGAGUCGCGCAGACGCGUGCACAGCAUUCGCAGGGAUCGCGUGGGUUGGGGUUAGCGA